CGCAUCUUUAUACACUAUAUGCCUCCAAAACUGCUACAAAAAUAAAAUAAAAUAUAUGCCUCCGAAACGGGCCACGCGCCUAGUUUCCUAGCGUCGCCUUCACUCGCUUCUUCCACACGAGACGAGAUUAAAAAUUAUAAAGAAGGAAAGAACCCGAUACUUUGGUUAGCCUUAGCUGGUAGCCAGUUUGGCAAUUUCGGCCGCAGUUUUUUUUCCUUUUCUUUUCUCUGAAAUUUUCUAUCACUUUCGUUGGCGAGAAAUUUAUAAGAGCUGGCGAUACUUUCUUCGUCGUCUCCAUCCGCCUAGAGAGAGACGGAAGAGGGAGGGAGAUAGAGAGAAGGAAAGGGUAGAGAGAGAGAGAGAGAGAGAAAAUUUCUGGGAUUUAAUUACACAGAUUGGCUGUAGCGUUUGUGGGGGGGUUUUCUGGGUUUGAUUUCUUCUGUUUCGAUAUUGCUUCCUCUUCCUUCAAUCGGCAUUGGAAGGGAAGGAAACGGAAAGGGGUGAAAAAGGGGAAGGAAAGUAAAAUAGCCGCGUUUCAUUUUCUUCACUUAUCCUCUCUUUCUCUCCCUUUCCUGGAAAAUCCGGGAAAACGAAGGAAAAUCAGCGCAGCCAUAGCCCCGCCGCGUUGAUUUCAGCUAGUCUCUGUUGAUACAUUUCGGAUUUUACCAUCUGUUACAUUUUGACAGCUGACCAUUGAUUUCUCUCCCUUCUUCCGAAGCUAUGAUGCUUCUCCGCGUCCAGCACAUUUUCCAGAAGAGUCGUCUUCUACAUCACAACCACCAUUAUUAAAAGCUAAAACACUUACCACCCUCUUUUUCUAUAGCCGCCCAGAAAAAAAACCCAGUUCUCAAGAUGGCUGCAAAUGGAGGAUUAUUCAGGUCAGAUUUACUGGGUCUGUUUGGCUUCGUCGUAGUAUCGAUUCUCUCCUCAUCCUUCUGCCUCGGGAUUCGUUCCGUCCCCGACGGCGCGGAUCUCGCCGGGUUGCUCCGAUUCAACGAAGCCCCCGAGUACCGGAACGGCGUCGGGUGCUCGAUUUCCGGCGCUUCCUCAUGCGACCCGUCUCUGGUUCACAUCGCCAUGACCCUCGAUUCGGAGUAUCUCAGGGGCUCAAUGGCCGCCGUCCACUCGGUCCUCAAGCACGCGUCCUGCCCGGAAAACGUCUACUUCCACUUCAUCGCGGCGGAGUUCGACCCGGCCAGCCCGCGGGUCCUGAACCGGCUGGUCCGGUCCACUUUCCCGUCCCUCCGCUUCUCGGUCCACAUUUUCAGGGAAGAUAAAGUCAUCAAUCUCAUCUCUGCCUCAAUCCGGCAGGCCUUGGAGAACCCGCUCAACUACGCCCGGAACUACCUCGGCGAUUUGCUGGAAUCCUGCGUGGAGCGGGUCAUUUACCUGGACUCCGAUUUGGUGGUGGUGGACGACAUUCAGAAGCUAUGGAGCACGGUUCUGACCGGGUCGCGGGUCAUCGGGGCACCCGAGUACUGCCACGCCAACUUCACCAAGUACUUCACGCCGGCGUUCUGGUCCGACCCGGUUAUGUCCCGGGUCUUCGCCUCCCGGCGGCCGUGUUACUUCAACACGGGGGUGAUGGUGAUGGAUUUGGUGCGGUGGAGGGAAGGGAACUACAGGAAGAGGAUUGCGAUGUGGAUGGAGAUUCAGAGGCAGAGGAGGAUUUACGAUCUGGGUUCCCUGCCGCCAUUCUUGUUGGUGUUCGCCGGGAACGUGGAGGCCAUCGACCACCGGUGGAACCAGCACGGGCUAGGAGGGGAUAAUGUGAGGGGAAGCUGCCGGUCGCUGCAUCCCGGUCCGGUGAGCUUGCUGCAUUGGAGUGGGAAAGGGAAGCCAUGGGCUAGGCUUGAUGCUAAAACUCCUUGCCCACUUGAUCAUUUGUGGGAGCCUUAUGAUCUCCACCAUGGAAGCAGCAUCAGUAGCAAAACCAAUGAUCUUCUGGGUUCUGCAUCAGUAGCUGGUCUUUCCAGUUACUUGUGAAAAAAAAAGAUUGGCUUGUGGGGUGGGGAGGGUUGAAUUCUUUGUUUCAUAAAUUAUUCUUUUUUGGCUUCACACAUUCAAAGGGGAUUGAUUCUUUGAUAGCUGUGUACAGAUUAGAAAAGGCAGAGCUAUAGCUAGCUCUCUCUCUCUCUCUCUCUCUGUUUGGAAGUGGAAAUUUGCCAUUUGGGGGGAUGAACCAGAAAGCUUGCAGAGGCAAGAGAAAUUCCCUCUACCCUUUUGGGUGCUGGGGGAUUUGGAUUGUUGCUCUGUGUAAUUUUCUACCUUUUUGGUGGGUUGAUUUGUGAAUUCUUCGUAUUUUCUGGGGAGGAGGGAUUAUGUUUGUUUGUUGAUUAAGUUGAUGAUGAAAAUGGUGAUUGAAUGAUCUCUUUCUGGAGCAUUCUUUUUUACAUAUUUUGGGAGAUGUUCAUCUCUUUCUUUGUAUGUAAAUGGAGCUCUUCAGUUUUGUUGGGGAGAAUGAUGAUGAGAUUAAUAAUACCGUUCAGUCAGUUGUUCAUUGUUUCUGAUUCAUCUUCUGUGCUGGUUCUACACUGUUCAUUGACCCAAUUUUAAGUCCACUGAUCUGUGUCGGCAAGUCAUAGGAUUAAAGCUCUCCAACUGAUCUUCUUUUCUAAUCAUCAAGGAUGGCUGAAUGGUGAGGCAUGAGGUUUCGCUGGUUCGAUUCUCGCAACUUAAUCAUUUUGUUAGUCAUCGACAGAGCUGUAACUCGCAUCGAUUUGUGCAUGCCAAGGUCGCAGUCAUAAAAGAAAGUCUGCGUAGUCCGCAAGUAAAAAGAGGUGAAAUGUGAAAGAUCUGCAAAUGUCAUCAGAUGAAGCUGAUUGCAUCUCUGGUAACAACAAUUAGGUUUGUGUUAAUCCAGAUAAAGGUGUUGAACUGUUGAUGAUUGAUUGGAAGAAGACAAAAGGAUGGAGAAAGACAGAGGUGGAAGUAAAGAAGCAAAAAAAUGAGAUUGAAGGCCAGAGCAGACAAGUUGUGCUGCAUCACAAGCAGGGCCAGCUCAUAACUUAGUGCUGUCAGCCUGUGACCUUUGAUUCCCCGUUGGACCAGCCAAGCCCUUGGUAAUUGGUAUAAUGGUAUAUGCUUUGCUUCCUUUCAAUUCAAUGGGGGCUACAACAACUACAAAAAAUUUACGAGGAAAAUGACUUGUUAUCUUCUUUCCUUUAGUUAAGUUAUCACUACUUAUCUGGUUAAGGUUGGGGAGUCAGGCAUAUAAUGAAGGACACACACGACUUAGGGAAGAAGACUUGGAUUUCUCUUUAAAAAUACCAUUAAGCAAGUCGGCAUCGUGGAAGAAGAAAUAUGUUUAGCCCAUCAUAACGGGAAGUUUAGGUAGUAGGAGGGUUGUUUUGCUUCUUGAGCAUUCUUUGUUUCUAUUGGAUUUUGGAUACUCGAAUGAUUUAUUGUACUUUGUGGUAUUUUCGUUGUUGUGGUAUUAUUUGAGUACUUGAGAAAGGGAAGGGGUAUUUUACUAUUUUUGGCAGGGGUGGCUAUACGGUCCGGUCUGGUUAAAUUGGACCAAAUUGAUUCGGUCUCAGUCCGAUUUUUUCGGGAAUAUAAGGACCAAAGAUUG